CAGCAGCCUAUGGAGCCAGGCGCCUGGGGGAACAGGACAACUGUCACUGAGUUCAUCCUUCUUGGCCUGACCGAAAACGUAAGACUGAAACCCAUCCUUUUUGUCGUCUUCCUCUUUGCCUAUGUACUCACCGUAGGGGGCAACUUCAGCAUCCUGGCUGCCAUCUUUGUGGAGCCCAAACUCCACACUCCCAUGUACUACUUCUUGGGGAACCUAUCUCUGCUGGACAUUGGAUGCAUCACUGUCACUGUCCCUCCAAUGCUAGCAUGUCUCCUGCCCCCCCAGUGCAGAGUCCCCUACGCUGCCUGCGUUUCACAGCUCUUCUUCUUCCACCUCCUGGCCGGUGUGGACUGUCACCUCCUGACAGCCAUGGCCUAUGACCGCUACCUGGCCAUCUGCCAGCCCCUCACCUACAGCACCCGCAUGCGCCGUGAAGUCCGGGGUGCCCUGGUGGCCAUUUGCUGCACUGUCUCCUUUAUCAAUGCUCUGACUCACACGGUGGCUCUGUCCGUGCUUGACUUCUGCGGCCCUAAUGUGGUCAACCACUUCUACUGCGACCUCCCACCCCUUUUCCGGCUCUCCUGCUCCAGUAUCCACCUCAAUGGGCAGCUGCUUUUUGUGGGGGCCACUUUCAUGGGGGUGUUCCCCAUGAUCCUCAUCUCAGUGUCUUACGCCCACGUCACAGCUGCGGUGCUACGAAUCCGUUCAGCAGAGGGGAGGAAGAAGGCCUUCUCCACGUGUGGCUCCCACCUCACCGUGGUCUGUAUCUUUUAUGGAACUGGCUUCUUCAGUUACAUGCGUCUGGGCUCAGUGUCAGCCUCAGACAAAGACAAAGGGAUUGGGAUCCUCAAUACUAUCCUCAGCCCCAUGUUGAACCCACUCAUCUAUAGCCUCCGGAACCCUGAUGUGCAGGGCGCCCUGAAAAGGGUGCUGAUGGGGAAGCGGCCUCCUGAAUGA